GCAGCCGGGUGUGAAAAAAAGGCAGUCCUGGAGCCCUUCGACCCCUAGCCUCUACAAACAAAGACAUAAUUAACUUAGUACACCACUGGAGUGCUGCACACCGUACCAAGACAGGCAAACAGCAUCCUGUCGUCAAGCGUGUCAUGACAAGACCGCUCUUCUGUCACGUGAGAUUCAUUUGGUGUGCUUCAUGGCGUCGUCCUGCGGCCGUAUAUAGUGUCGUCCACAUUACACAAGCGGUUUAUUUAAAAGGCGUACUGUAAGAUAGAGCGGUGCUUUUUUUGGACUUAACGUGUGAGGUCGGCGAUUUCUGACUGCUUCAACUACUGCAGGAAUACAGAUUUGAUAUUUUAUCUACAUAGCCAUUCCAGCUUCCGGUAACCAAGUUCGGAUUUGAUACAACGCACGACGCACAAAAAUGAGUACCUCAGGCGUCAGUAAAGUGGAUAUGUCUCUCGAUGAAAUCAUCAAACUUAACAGGAAAGAAAGCAAACAGAACAAGGCUUCUCGGGGACGAGGAGGAAUAACUACAGCAAGAGGUGGAGGAAGGAGGGGUUACAGGAGCAGAGGUUCCAAGAUAAGCCGAGGCGGAGCACAGACAUAUCAAGACCAGGGAAGCACUACAGGUCGUGGAUCAGCAAUCAGUAGAAGUUGGGGAAAUACACGAGCUAGGGGAAAUCUGCGAACUUGGGGGCGAGGUCGUGGCAUGAAUCAAGGCAACAGAGCUGGAAACAAUAAAGAGCAUAGCACAACGUUCAACACAGCUUCUGGCCGAGCAAGAAGAGGAAAUCUUUCGGGAAGGCUAGGUAACUUUCGUGGUGCAUUAAGAGGUCGUGGUACAAAGAGGGGUGGAUUAAAUUCUGGAGGAGACAACUCUUUGACAUCCCUUCAUCAGAAGCGACAGGUGGCUCUGAAAGCACUACAGCUGGCUCACAGAACUCUUGCAAACAUUGAACGUCAGACAGCUCGCACCAACCUUGUCAACACUAAGAGAGGCAUCACAGCUCCUCAGGGGGAAUCAUUGGGAUUGCAGAGUCAGCAACUCUCUGGCAGCACACUGUCCUUGACCUCAAGUCAAGGCAGUCGUGGAGGAGGCAGCAGAGGCAGAGGCAGGGGCAGGGGUAGACAGCUAAACAGGCAUUUACUGGGCACACAGGUUACCAGCUAUGACAAUCCUAAACCACGAGGCCGUGGUCGAGGAUGGCUUAGCAGGUCUCAGAUACCAGCCAGCAACAUCAGUGUGAGCAUUGACAAUCCUUCAACGAACACCAGACAGCUUCUCCAGCCUCACAGUCAGCCAAGGCGUAGGCCAUGGAGACGACCUCAGCAAUAUAACACUAGCGAUCGUGUGGUACCUCAGACUUCUAUUGCCAAAGAUUUAAUGAAAUUAAAGCCCACAGAGUCAAUGUCUUACGUCUUUCAGAAGAAUGCAUUUUCAGCAGGAUCAACAAGUCAGUCACUGAAUGAAAGAUUUUCCAGUGUGACUGGUGGCCGAGACACUGAUGCAGCAGAGGUUGAUAGCUCAGGAAGAAAAGUUUUCUUCUAAUUUGAGAAUUUAUCAUAGAACAGUGCUCAGUGCUGUAUGGAGACAGGAUUUGAGCUUUGAAUUGUGUGAGGAAAAAAUUAACUAGGGCAAAGAUCCUCUUCAUAUAUAUAUCAUCAAGAUAUACGACAGAUAUUAGUACCUGUUUAGAAAUGAGGAAAAACUGCUCUGAUUAACAAAUAUCAGGGAGAAAGGCAAAUUUUGUUUUAAUCUGCUGUUUGUCAGUUUGUGAAUAUUUGGUGAGAAUUUGUUGGUCUAGCUUCUUAAUUUUAUUUAUUUAUUUUUAUUUAUUUUUUUUUUAAUUAGAUAGUGGGGGAAUCCCUCACGGCCAGUGUAACAGAGGUUGACAUCUAGUGCCUUAAACAUGUACAAUGGCUGUCAGAAUGCAAUAUUAAAAAAGUCACCUUUGAUGCUUCAUCACAGAAUGCUACUGUCGUAUAUCUAACAGAGUGGCUGCGGAGAAGAACAAGAGAGAGAGAACAGCAUACAAGUUUUGUUUUUUGUUUUUUUUUGUUGUUUUUUUUGGGGGGAGGGGAGGGGGUUGUGUGUGUGAAUUAUAAUACAGCAUGCCAAAAAAAAAAUUUCUUCACAAUUUAUUUCUUUAACAUCAUGACUUUAAUAUUUCCAAUUUUCAAAAAAAGUUGUGAAAAUGUCUCCAUGUGCAAUUUUUGGCUUUUAGAUUUUAGUGGAAUUUGCAUAAGACUUGAUCUGACGUGAAACAUAAAUUGGAAAGUAGAAGGAAUCAAAUGUCAAUUUGCUUUGGGCACUUCUAGCCGCUGCAAAAGCACUAGUAUCAAGUGUGAGGAGCACUUUUUUUUUUAAGUGUGAGCAUGUGGUGUUUUUUUUUUUUUUUUGUUUUUUUUUUUUUUUUAUUUGGGGGGGGUUAAAUAAUGUUAGAUUUAAAGAUUAAGGUGCACAAAUUGCAGACAAGAUCAUAAACAUGGGUUGGACACUGUUGUAGAAAUGCAUACGUGUGGAGUAUGCUUGAUGCUAAUGUCAUUGGUAAUGCUUUUCAAAAUAUUAACUCUUCAUGUACAGUUCACACCUGUGAAUUCUUCAUUGCUACUUCAUUCAACUGUGUCGUUACACCAGUAUUGAAUGAGUUCAGACGUGUUGAGUAAUGUAUGUUAAGGCUUGAAUGUCAGUUACAUUGUCAACAUUUUAACAGCUUUAUACUGUAUUCUGAUUGCUGUCACAGAUUCUACUGUAAAACAUGCAAAUCUUUUGAUCAUUAUAAUUACAAUGAAGGCAGCUAUACAUGAGCCACUGUGACAAGGAACCAUUUUCUAACAAAAGAAGACAAUACUUCAAGGAGCAAGUGAAUUUCUGUUUUUUAAUCUCACCCACAACUACCACUCCCCCUCGCCACUCCACAAAAAAAAAAAAAAAAUGAUUUUCAUCAGUUCCUUCCUUUUGUGGAUAAUAUUUUAGUAUUGUAUGUAUUUGAAUAUUAACAGGACACAAGAUGUAACCAGCUUUUAGCUUUCAAGCAUUAAACUUUUAGAACUGAAAACAAACCAAAUGAUUUUAUACAUAUGUAAGAACUGAAAAAGCUAUUUUUUCUUACCUAGACAUCUGCGUAAGUAAGGUAAGCACAUGACGAAAUCCUAGACCCUAGGAAUGCAUCUGUUCCUAACAUCAAAGAUAUAAGUGCUGUUAUAUGUACUUGUAUAAGUGCCAUGUUUUUGUUCUACUAAUUUCAUGUCUUGUGCACUUGUACACUACAUUUUUGUGCCAAACAAAACACAGUCCUCAGACUGAAGCGUUUUUUUUUUUCGGGCAUCUCCUUUGUUUUAGCUGAAUGGUUAUUUAAUAUAUAAUAUAGAUAUAUUAUGGUUCUUAGAAUAACAAGUGACACAAUCCAAGUCCAUUUUCAAGUUUUGGCUUAUUCAUUAUUUGUCCAGUUAUAUGUAAAAAUAGUGCAAGCACAAACUGUUGUGUUGGUGAGUGAUUCACACAAUUAUUUGUAAAUCUUGGCCAUGCUUUUUUUCAUCCUCUUCAUAAUCCUGCAUAAACCAACAGGUAAACAGAAUAGGCCAAGGUAUUUAUUUCUGUGACAUCAGAAAAUCUUGAAAAUAUAUGGACAUCACUGCUGGACCAUUAAUCCACCUUUAUUGUUGAAGUGUUAGGUGAUGAUAUAGGUGGUGGUACAUCAGUUUUUCUUCUUAUUCCUUUGGUGGUGAAUACUUUCCUAUUUUUUUGUAAUAACAGGUAUGCAAACAUAGUUACAGAUUCUUCAUUUGGCUGUGCAAUGACAGUAAAGCUGCAUGUAAUAAAA